AUGGGCUUUGGAGAUUUCGAGACGAUAUGUCGCAAGAGUGCAUUGCCAGUGUGCUCCGUUGUGGGUCCUACGAAUCCUAUUUCGAACAGCACGACAGGCAUCCAAGCAACCUGCUACGCCCGAAACAUUGAACUGGCCAACACCAUCAUCUUCGAGGCUGCAACCGAUUUCAUACACAUAUUGGCGUUAGGCAUGGCGGCUAUCAUGGUGCUGCAUGUGCGCUCGAAAUUUACAGCUGUCGGUCGGAAAGAGAUCACCACCUUCUUUUACAUUUACAUGGCUUUGACCAUGACCUCAUUGAUACUGGACGCUGGAGUCAUACCUCCGGGAUCGAGCACUUUCCCUUACUUCGUGGCCGUGCAGAAUGGCUUCACUUCCGCCCUGUGCACUUGCCUCCUGAUCAAUGGCUUCGUCGGUUUUCAGCUGUAUGAAGACGGAACAAGGCAAUCCGUGUGGUUACUCCGGGGCUCUUCGAUCGGCAUGUUCGUUAUCUCAGGCGCAGUAUCCAUCUUGACGUUCAAAGGGAGAGCUGGGUUGGGUCCAACCAACACUGUUGGCCUAUUCGUGGUGCUGUACCUGAUUAAUGGCAUAUGCUUGUUGAUCUACUUGGCCAUGCAGAUCAUACUCGUUACGAAUACCCUGCAAGAUCGCUGGCCGCUCGGAGAUAUUUCCUUUGGGGUUUUCUUCUUCGUCAUUGGCCAGGUGAUCCUCUACGUGUUCAGUGAUACUAUCUGCAACGCCGUAUCGCAUUACCUCGACGGAUUAUUUUUCGCUACAAUAUGCAACCUCCUAGCAGUCAUGAUGGUCUACAAGUACUGGGACUCCAUUACCAAGGAAGAUCUUGAAUUCAGCGUCGGCACGAAGCAAGGCAAUUGGGAAGUCAAGGAGCUCCUUCCUGAGGAUGACCGACGGGGAACCAUCUAUCACGACGGCACUUCGGAGUAUGCAAGCAGCACGUACCCCCUCCGCGAUUCGAACUAUGGCGGCUAG